AUUAUAUCUAAAGGGAAAACUAUAGGGAAACAAUACAGGGGUAUCUAACUACAAAAAGGAAACACGAAUAAUGGUAAUAGACAGAAACUAGGCAUACCAAAAGGGACGAGGACAUCGUGUGUGGUUGGAAUAAAAAUGUGCGUGUGGAAUGGGUUGAGUCAUAGCGAGAGAGAAUAAAGUUGGGAUUUGUGUGAAGAUAGUAUUUUCCCCAGACUUCUAAGGCACUAAUCUUGUACAUUCUGACAACCAUUGUUGUGCUACUCACAACCGUAGAUCAGCUGGUCGUUGGGGAUGGUCUUUCUCAGGAGGAAAACGAGGCGGGUUUAGAAGAUGAUGCACACAAAUAUAACAAAAGAGGUGUCAAAAGGUUGUUGUCCCGUUGGGAUGCGCUCAUACCUUUCCUGCCUAUUUUGCUUGUUGCUCCGAUCUUGCUCUCAAUUGCGGUCGUAACAGGUACGGAUGCACGGCAUUGUUCCGCCAACAGAUCAAGCUAGGAAAAGCCAUUGAAGCCGCACGGCCGGCUUCUUCGAUCGAAAGCGCCCCCGUCUUGGUCCGGCAGUCGCCUCCCCACGUGGUGGCAACGAAGGACAAAGGAAAGGGAAGGGGGAGGGGUUGGCCUAGGCCAGAACCGCAGUGGCAGGGAGGUUAGCCAGGAAGAGUCAAGAAGCAAGACGGGAGAGAGGAGGCGGGAGUCCCAAGGUUAAAUAAUACCCAGGGGGCGUGUCUAAGAGACAGAAACUGGAGGAGACUCCGCCCAUCGACUUGAAUUUUGGUCUAUAAUUUAGCCAUAAAAUGGUGUAAAAUCAUAUAUUAAUAUACUUCCAACUUUUUACUCUUACUCAUAGAUCAAGCAUAUAAAAUGAUUAUUUCAACUUUAGUCUUGGCAGAUCAACUGCUUAUUGUUCAAUACAACAUUUCGUACUGUUUGGCUUCGAAUGAAGACGAACAGUUCUCAAAAGUCACUGACACAGAAAUCAAGGUAUACAUUUGGAAUAUUUCUGCAGAGUUUGCAAAAUACCAAAACAGACCUUUAUCUUCAGUCACAGAAACUUCCAAUGCGAGUCCACAGGUUUGCAGUAUCUCAACUGCCAGCGGGUGUCGGCCGCGUUCCAGCAGUGUUCCCAGUGGGGAGAGGAUCCAACCUUUCAGUCGCUCUGUCAGUUCUGCACAUCAGAAGGGUCUUUGAUGAAUGGAACCCAGAUUUUUCAGGGAGUAAGGUCCAGUGACUUCACUUGUGCAGUAGCCAUAAGUGGCCUGCAAAUCCUUGAAGAGCACCCUGAUGAAGAGAAGUUCUCUGAAGAAGACAUCAAGGAAUAUGCACAGGACUUGGGCAUUGAUCCAGAGAAAGAGCCUCAGCUCAUGUGGCUUGCCAAGGAGGCUAUGUCUGCCCGACUUCCUCCAGAUUGGUUUGCUUACCGAGAUGAGCGUGGAGAUGUUUUCUAUUCCAACUACCAUUCAAACACAUCCAUAUGGGAACAUCCUCGUGAUGUCCAGUACCGCAAACUGGUGGCUCAGGAGCAUGAGCGCAUACAGAGGGCCGCUGCUCUCUUGGCAUCAGAAGGCAAAGAGAACAAACAAGAGAAAACAAGUGGCUUCAGAGGCGCUGAUGCAACAGAAGAGAUGACCAAGCUAGAUGUGAUCGGCAAGGCCCAAUCUCAGAACCACAGUAGUGAAACACCACAGCAACAGCAACAACCAGAGUCCAAGGUCUCUGAAAAUUGUGCUUGUUGUGACAAUCAACCGGAGACAAAUGCCAAAGACAAAUGGGAGAAUGAGGCAGCCAAGAGUAGCCACCUUGUGUCUGCAGCAGGCACAUGUAGCCUACAGAUCCGUGAGGAUCACAAGGAUGAAGAACUUUCUGAAGAAGAGAUUAAGCAGUAUGCACGGGACAUAGGCAUAGAUCCAGAGAGAGAGCCAGAGCUUAUGUGGCUUGCCAAGAAGGCCAUGGCUGAAAAACUGCCUCCAGGAUGGUUAGAGCGAGAAGAUGAGAGUGGGAACAUUUACUUUCAUAACUGCCAGUUAGACACAUGCAUCUGGGAAGACCCCUCAAAAAUGCACUAUAGUCAGCUGGUGGUUAAAGAGCGUGAGCGUAUCCAGUGCAUAGCUGUUGAUGGGGCCUCUGUGGUGAAGAAGAACAAGAAGAAAGUAAAAGAAAAACAGGAGGAAAGGAAAAGGGCAAAGAGGAAGAAUUCAUGCAGUAUCCGUGCGGAUUUAGCAGAAGAGAUUACAAACACCAUUACUGAAUCACCACAGAAACCGCCGUUGGAAGAACUGCUGGAUUCUCAUCGUAACUUGGCAACAGAUAUGGAAAAAGCCAGGAAAGAAGAGGAAAAAAGUGAGAAGGCUGGGAUUCCUAUCAGGCGUAGUAAGCAUGCAGAUAAACCACCACCUCUAAAGGGUGACAAAUUUGAUACACAAUUAUCUAAUGCUUCAAAUUUUGAGACCGCAGUGGAAAAAAAUCAAAACUGUGAAAUUGUACCAGAAAAGAAGAUGGGAGAGGAGGAGGAGACGUACAGGACUGAAAAAGAGCAGGGUGAUCUGAAACAGAGAAAUGUAGAGAGAGAAAAGAACAGCAGGAAAGUUGAUAUGGAGGGGAAUGACAGAGAGCAUUUAAUUAGGGAGGGGGAGACAAAAAUGCAUACUCUCCAAAAGGAGACGAAGAGAGAGGAAGACGUGAAAGUGUGGCAGUUGAAAUGUGAGAUGGAGAUGAGAAUGCUUCCCCCCCAGAAAGACCUCAGCACAGAAGUACUCAAGUGUUUGACUGGAGAGAAAGAAACGCAAGGACGACUCCAUGAGGAACAACUGAGGACAGACGAAGAGGUGAAGCUGUUGAAUAAGGAGAGGGUAUUGAGAAUCUGCCGCUACCAGGAGCAGCUGAAGAGAGAGGAAGAGGAGGAGAUGGAGAGAUUGCGACUCGAGAAGGAGAAAAGACUCCUCUACUAUGAAGAACAAAGGAGAGAGGAACAGGCAGAGGCAGAGCGCUUAAUUAGGGAAAAGGAAAGAAUAGAGCACUACCAGAUGGAACUAAAGAAGGAGGAAGAAAAGGAGGUGGAGCGCUUAAAGAGGGAAAUGGAAGUUAGAACAUGUCUCUAUAAGAAGCAACUAAGUAGGGAAGAACAGAAAGAGGUGCAACAAUUUAAAAAGGAAAGUGAGAAUAGAAGACAUUUCCUGCAGGAGGAGCUGAAGAAAGAGGAGGCGGAGGAGGAAAAGCAAGUGGAGCAGUUGAAGAAGGACAAAGACCUGAGAAGACAGAUUUACCUAGAAGAACUGAGGAAAGAGGAAGAGCAAGAAGUUGAACAGUUGAAGAGGGAAAAAGAAAUAAGAAUGUGCCUCCUGAAAAGAGAGGACGAUAUAGACGUGGAAGGAUUCAAGAGAGAGAAAGAGAUUAGAACAAUUCUCCGCAUGGAGGAAAGGGAGAAAGAGGAGGAGGAGGCAGAUAAGUUCCAACAGGACAAGGUGACCAGAUUGUAUCUUUUUCAGAAAAAGAUGAUACAAGAGGAAGAGGAGGAGACUGAACGGUUGAAGAAAGAAAAGGAGAAGCAAAUAUGUUUCCACCAAGAGAAGCUAAAGAGAGAGGAAGCGGAAGAGUUGGAGCGAUUGAAGGCAAAGAAAGAGGCAAGAAUGUGUCAGCUCUGGGAACAGCAAAGGAGAGAGGUACAGGAAGAGGAGAUGUUGAAGAGGGAGGGAACAAGAAAAAAAGCAGAGAUUGAAAAAAUAAUGCUACUCUCACAGGAGGAGCUAAGGGGAGAGGAAGCGGUCAAGGCAGAGCAACUGAUGACGGACAAGGAGAAGAGAAUGGCUCUCCUUUUGGAGGAGCUGAGGCGGGAGGAAGAUGACGAGAUACAACGGUUGAAACAGGAGGAGUCUAGAAUUCAUCUCUGCCAUGAAGAGCUAAUUCAAGAAGAAGAGGUGAAGCGGUUGAAGACUGAGAAGGUGGCAAGAAUGCAGUGUCGCCAAGAGGAGCUGAGGAGAGAGGAAGAGGCAGCGGUUGAGGAGUUGAAGAGGGAGGAGACAAAAAUAAGGAUUGAGAUUGGCCUUUGCAAGGAGAAGUUAAUGAGAGAACAAGAGGAGGAGGCAGCGCAGUUAAGAACAGAGACUGAAAUAAGAAUGUGCUUAUCUCGGGAGGAGCUGAAAAGAGAGGAAGAGGAGGAGGUGAAGCGGUUGAAGACUGAAAUUGAAAUGAGAAUUCAACUCCGCCGGGAGAAACUAAGGAGAGAGGAAGAGGAGGAGGUAGAGCAGUUGAAGCGGGCGAUGGAGGCAAGAAUGUGUGACCACCAGGAGAGGCUUAGACGAAAGGAAGGGGACGAGGUUGAGCAGUUGAAUACUGAAAAGAAGGUCAAAAUGGAACUAUACCAAGUGAAGCUAAGAAGGGAUGAAGAGGCGGAAGCAGAACAGUUGAAGACAGGGAAGGAGGCUAGAAUGCGUCUAUAUUGGGAAGAGUUAACGCAAGUGGAAAAAAAAGAGGUGGAAGAGUUGAAGAGGAAGGAGACAAAUUUGAAGUCUGACAUGGAGAUGAGGAUACAGCUUUGCAAGGAAGGUAUCAGGAAAAUGGAAGAGGAUGAGGUAAAGGGGUUGAAGACACAGAAGGAGAUAAGAAUGCGCCUUUGCCAGGAGAAGUUGAGAAGAGAGGAAGUGGUGGAGGUGAAACAAAUGAAGACAGCUAGGGAGACGAGAAUACGUCUCCGCAGGGAGGAGCUGAGGAGAGAGGAAGAGGAGGCCGUGAAGCAGUUGAAGGCAGAAAAGGAAAUCAAAAUGCAUCUCAACUGGGAGGAGCUGAGACGAGUGGAAGAGGAAGACAUGGAGCGCUUCAAACAAGAUAAAGAGACGAGAAUGCGUCUCUGCCAGGAGGAGCUAAGACGAGAAGAAAAUGAGGUGGAGAAGUUGAAGGAGGAGGAGAGGAAAAAAAAGAAAGAUCUUGAGAUGAGAUUGCGUCUUUGCCAGCAGGAGCUUAGCCGUGAGGAAGACGAGGAGGUGGAGCGUUUGAAGACCGCAAAAGAGACGAGAAUUAGCCUGUGCUUGGAUGAGCUGAGGCGAGAGGAAGUAGAGGAGGCAGAGCGUAUAAAAAGGGAUCUUGAGAGGAGAAUGCAUCUUCACCAGCAGGAGCUGAUGAGAGAGGAAGAAGAGGAAAUUGAGCAUUUGAAGACAGUGAAGGAGGCAAGAGUGAAACUCUACCUAGAGGAACUAAGCAAGGAGGGAAAUGAGGAGUUUGAGUGUUUGAAGAGAGAGAGAGAGAUGCAACUGUCCUUCCAUCGGGAAGAUCUGAGGAGAGAGGAAGAAGAGGCAGUAGAGCGUCUGGAGAAUAAAAAGGAGAGCAGAAUACAGCGCCACCUGCAAGAGCUUAGAAGAAAAGAAGCAGAGGAGGUGCAGCAGUUUAAUAAGAAGAAGAUGCGAUUAAAGACAGAGAUGGAGAAAAGAAUUUGCCUUUUCCAGGAGGGGCUUAGAAGAGAGGAAGAAGAGGUUGUAGAAAAUUUGAAGAAAAAGAAGGCGAUUACAAUCAGCAUUUACCAGGAGGAACUGAGGAGAGAAGAGGAGGAGGAAGUGGAACGUAUGAAGAAGGAAAAAGAAAGUAGAAUAUGUCUCUGUCAAGAGGAACUGAGGAAGGACGAAGAGGAGGAGACACAGCUUUUGAAGAGAGCGAAAGAGGGAAGAAUCUGUCAGCAAAAGAAUGAGCUGAAGAGAGAGGAAGAGGAAGAGGACCGCUUAAAGGAGGAUAAAUUGAAGAAGAUGCGUGUGCGGCAGGAAAAGCUGGGGAGAGAGAGAGACGAAAAUGUGGAGCGGUUGAAGAAUGAAAAGGAAACAAGAUUGCGUCUCUGCCUGGAAAGGGAGAAGGACAAGAGAACGAUGCGCCAGGAGGAAGUAAUCAAAGAAGAGGAUGAAGAGUCGCUAGCGAGGGAAAAGGAGAAUCAGCUAAAUGAAGAGGCUGAACUACUCAGGAGGGAAAAGCUAAUGCAUUUUUGCAAAGGGCUGAGGAGAGAGCAACAGGAAGAGGGCACUGAGCAGUUAAAGAAAGAGAAGGAGAAUCCACAAAGAGAGGAUGAUGUGGAGCCGCUUGAGAGGGAAAACGGAACAAAAUGUCUUCUCCAGGAGAAGCUGCGGCCUGUAGAGGAAGUGUUGAGGAGUGACAAGAGAACAUGUCUCCGCCAGGAGAAACUGAUUUCAAAGAGCAAGGGGGAGACAUUGAACAUGAACAGAACAUGUGUACACCAGGAGGAACUGAGAGAGGAAAAGGUCUCAGAGUAUUUGAAACGAGAGAAACAGAAGCCAUUGCAUCUCAAUCAGGACAAAGUGAGCAUAGAGGAAGACACUGAAAAAUUAAAGGAGACAGAGAAGAGAACACGUCUUCGCCAGGAGGAGCUGAUGCGAGAGGAAGAGGAUGAGAUAGAACGACUGAAGAAGGAAAAAGAGCAAAGAACACAGCGCCGCCAAGAGGAGCUGAGGAGACAGGAAAAUGAGGAGGUGCAGAGGUUGAAAAGGGUUAAGGAAACAAGAAUUAUUCUCCGUCAGGAAGAGCUUAGAGGUGAGGAAGAAGAGAAGACACAACUUUUAAAACAGGAGAAGGAAAGAAGAACAUGUGUCCGCCAGGAGCAACUGAAGAGAGAGGAGGAAGAUGAGGUGGCGCGGUUUAGGUGGGAAAAGGAGAAGAGAACACGUCUUCUGCAGGAGAAAUUGUGGAUAGAGGAAGAAGAGGAGAGGUUGACCCGAGAGAAGGAGAAGCGAGCACGUUUCCGUCAGAUGGAGCUGAUUAGGGAGGAAGAGGAAGAGCGGUUGAAGAAGGAAAAGGAGAAGAGAACACGUCUUCGCCAGGAGGAGCUGAGCAAGGAGGAAGAGGAAGAGGCUGAAAGGUUAAAAAUGGAAAAGGAGAAGAGAAUGAUUUCACACCAAGAGGAUCUAAAGAAAGAAGAAGAGCAAGAAGCAGAAGGGUUAAAAAAGAAAAAAGAAAAAAGAAUGCAUCUUCUCUUGAAGGAGCUCAAGAGGGAGGAGGAGGAAGAGCGGUUACAAAAGGAGAAGGAAAAGAGGAUACGUCUCUGUCUGGCUGAGCUGAGAGAGGAAGAGGAGGAGAUGUUGAGAUUAAAGAGGGAAAAGGAAAAGAGAAUGCGGCUCUGUCAGGAGAGAUUAAGAAGAGAGGAGGAGGAUGAGGUAGAGAGGUUAAAAAGGAAGAAGGAGAAGAGAAUGCAUCUUUGGCAGGAGGAGUUGAGGAGAGAGGAAGAGGAGGAGUUGGAGCAGUUAAAGAAUAAAAAAAUGUCCCUCUUCAAAUUGGAUUUGGCAUGUGAAAAAGAGGAGGAGUUGGAGAGAUUAAUUAACAAGAAAGGAAAGAGAAUGCGUCUCUGUCAAAUGGACCUGAGAGGAGAAGAAGAGGAGAAGAAACUGAAGAUGGAGUACAAGGAAAGGCUGAAGGCUUUGCGGCAGUGUCUCCUGGCCAAGAGGCGAGAAGAGGAGGCAUUGUUGAUGUCUGACCCGAAGGAGGAAUUAACAGAAACAGUCCAGAAAGAGAGAGAAGAAGAGCAACUUAAGAUCAGGCAGGACCGUGAAGCCGUUCUCAGGGCACUUUGCAGCACACUGGAAGAAAGGUAUCAAAAUGUGGACCUGUCUGCUCAGCCCACUCAAAGGAGACCGUACCUUGAGCAUCUGAAGGCAGAAUCAGAAGAGGAGCUGCAGCAGGAGAACAGCAGACAUCAGGACGACGUUGUGAAAAACGUGAAUUUAUUCCAACCUGAGCAGCUAGAAGACAUUAAACUCAACGAUCUGACCGAUUCAUUCUUCUGCGGGACUCUUGAGCUGAUGGGACAGGCCACCCCGCAGACAUGGCCCAAGUAGCAGCAUCAGAACACCUACACGUUGCGACCAAAAGUUCAGAAGUACCACACCAUGUCCUGCGAUUCUCAGUAGAUUGCUUUUAAUGCGUGCUUGCUGGUAUAACUGUCUCUGUACUCAACCCUGCAUAGGAACUUUCAAUGGUAGGAAAAUAAUUUUGUCACUUUUUCUUUCAUGCAACUGUGUGCAUCUUAUGUACAUAUGGAUAAUGCCCAUGCAUACAUUUUCUAUAGCACUGCUCAUUCGGGUCAUGGGUCAGCUGGAGUGUAACCCAGCUGACUUUGGGCGAGACGUGGUGUACACCCUGGACUGGUCUGCAACCAAUUGCAGAUGGAUGAUAGCUUUUAAAAUUGCAUAUUGAACAAAGGCAAAAUCGGGAUCUGUUACUGUAUGUUUAAGGCAGCUUAAAUUGGAACAUGUUCAGAUACGUCUAUCAGAUCUCAUUAGCGCAGACAAUUUAGAAUGCUAAAUGUAUUUUGUUGAUCCUUAAUAAUUGCCGAGUGCUUGCUUAUUGCAGGGUUCAGUUGUUUAUUGUGUGAGUGCGGUUCUAAACCUGCUCCAUUAGUAAAGUGCCCUGAGAUAACUUCUGUUGUGAAUUGGCACAAUAUAAAAUUUCAUGUUUCAUAAUUUCAAUGAUUUUUGCAGUCAUUUUAUCACCGCAAAUGUCUUUGGUGCGUGUUGCAUUCACUUAACUUUUACUCAAUCGAGUUGUGCCAUCAAAGACAGACACACCUUUAAAGCAGUGUAGUGUGCAAUUCAGUUCAGUCAAAUUAUUACAUGUAACCAGUGAUGUAAUUUAGCUUUCAAUUAAUGGAAAAUUGCUGACUUCACAAUGACAACUUGUUUUGGCAACUUUUAUAGCACAAAAACAGAAUUACGAACAGUUGAAGGAAGUCAAAUGGGAUGCAGUAAUGACCACAUUUGUUUUUUUUAUUUAUUAGAGGAUAUAAAGUCUACACACUCCUUUUCAAAAUGACAGGUUUUUGUGAUGUAAAAAAAGAGAAUUUUCUCCACCAUUAAUAGGACCUAUAACCUGCCAACCUGAAUGAAAAAAAAAUGAAACCCUUUAAAGGUUGGAAAAAAAAAAAAAAAAGUACAAUGACCUUGUUGCAUUAACUUCAAAUUACUGGUAAUAUUUAUUAGUUUGUCUUCUUGAAGUCAGCCCCAAGUGUCAACAUUUUCAAGUCCAGGCUAAAAACUAUUUUUUUCUCAUGCUUAAGAUGGAGCAUUUAUAGAGCAUUUCCAUUUUUAAUGAUCUUUCUUGCACUGUAAGUUUUUAGAAAUAUUAGUCUGUUUUUAUAUGCUUGUAAGCGGUUUAUUUUUCUGUACUUUGAAUGUGUUUUCUCUGUUUUGAAAUGCUUUUAAUCAUGCAAAGCACCUUGUGAAUGAAAUGCACUAUAUAAAUAAAUUUGCCUUGCCUUUUGGGGUAGGAGUCACCAGUGUGUCACAUCUUGAUGUAGCAAAUGGCAAUAUUUUCCCAC